AUGAUUUUUCAAUCUUUUAUACUGGAGAAUCUAGUAUUCUUAUGCAUGAAGAUAAUUAAUUCGAUAGUUGUGGUCGGACUCUAUUUUGGAUUUAUGACCACAUUUUCCAUAGGGCCCUCUUAUCUCUUCCUUCUUCGAGCUAGACUUGUGGAAGAAGGAACCGAGAAGAAAAUAGCAGCAACAACUGGGUUUAUUACGGGACAGCUCAUAAUGUUCAUGUCUAUCUAUUAUGCGCCUUUGCAUUUAGCAUUGGGUAGACCCCAUACAAUAACUGUCAUAGCUAUACCCUAUCUUUUAUUUCAGUUCUUCGGCAAUAGUCAAAAAAACUUUUUGAAUUAUGGAUACAAGAAUCCAAAUUCAAUACGUAAUUUUAGUAUUCAAAGAAGAUUCUUUCAGAAUCUUCUUUUUCAAUUUUUAAAUCCCCUUUUCUUACCAAGUUCAAUAUUCAUGAGAUUCAUCAAUAUUUAUUUGUUUCGAUGUAACAAUAAAUUGCUAUUUUUAACAAGUAGUUUUAUUGGUUGGAUAAUAGGUCAUAUUUUUUUUAUAAAAUUGAUUGAAUUUUUAUUAAUCUGCAUACAGCAAAAUAAUUUUAUUAAAUCGAAUGUCCGUAUUCAAUCAAAAAAAGAUAUUCUGUCAGAAUUUAGAAAUUCUAUGUUUCAAAUCUUUGUUGUUUUCUUAUUUGUUACCUGUUUAUAUUAUUUAGGAAGAAUACCCCCCCCUUUUUUUAGUAAAAAACUAUUAGAAAGUAAAGAAAGCAAUGAAAUUUAUAAAAAAGGAAAAAAAAAGGAUAUCGAAACAAAUUUGCAAAGGAUACGAACGAAAGAAAAAAGAUCCAACAACAAAGAUAAGUUACAAAAACCUCUUAUAAAUAUUCUUUUCAAUUAUAAACGAUGGAAUCGUCCAUUUCGAUAUAUAAAAAAUAAUGAAUUUGAAAACAUUGUAAAAAAUGAAAUUUCAGAAUUUUUUUUUCAGACAUAUCAAAGUGAUGGAAGAGAAAAAAUAUCUUUUACGUAUCCACAAAAUUUAUCAACUUUUGAAAAACUGAUGGAAACAAAAAUCGAUUUCUUCACAAAAAAGAAAAUUUCCUAUGAUGAUUUGUAUAAUGAUUCGCGCUAUAGGAAUGAAGAAAAAAGAAACAAAUUGAGCAAGGAAUUUAUAAAUCGCACAAAACUGAUAGAUAAGAAAUUGAUUUCCCUCGAUAUAUUCGAAAAUAAAAUUCGAUUUUGUAAUGAUGAAACUAAAAAAAAAUAUUUAACUAAAACAAAAGAUCCUUUCUUAAACGGACCCUUUCGUGGACGAAUCAAAAAAGGGUUUUCAACCUCAAUACAACAUGAAAAAACUUACAAAAAAAAUAACAUUUUUAUAAAUAAAAUUCAAGAUAUCUUUCUUUCUAAUAAGAUUGAUAAAAAGAAUAAUAGUAAUUCUCCAAAAUGGGAGGAAAAUAGAAAAACAUUUGAUAAAAAAUUAUUAGUAACUACAUUUCUUUUUAAUCUAAUCAGUCAAUUUUCGAAAAAAUUAGUGUCAAACUUAAAUUCGCAAGUACCUUAUACAGAACCUGAACAAGUAAAAAUGAAUUCUAAUUAUGACACAGAAAAAAAACAAAUAAUAAAAAUAUUAUUUGAUGCAAUUACAACUGAUUUGAACGAAAAAAGAAAAGUAAAUCGAAAGACCACUAAGUCUAUUAAAAGAAACGAAAUCUGUAAAAAAGUACCUCGAUGGUCAUACAAAUUUAUGGACGAAUUAGAACAACUAGGUGGAAAAAUUGAAACAGAUAAUUCUCAAAUUCGUUCUAGAAAAGGCAAACGUGUAGUCAUUUUGACUAAUAAACAUAAAUUUUUUAAGAAAUACAAGACUUAUAAUGAUAUUGGAGAUACUGAAAAUACUGAAAAAAAAAACGAAUUGGCUUUAAAACGUUAUUCCCAACAAUCGGAUUUUCGAAGAGACAUAAUAAAAGGAUCUAUCCGUGCUCAAAGACGGAAAACAGUUACUUGGAAAUUUUUUCAAAAAAGGGUGCAUUCGCCGCUUUUUUUGGAUAAAAUUGAAAAAUCAUUAUUCUUUUCUUUUGAUAGUUUAAAAUCAAUGAAAAUAUUUUUUAUGUUAAAUAUUUGGAUUCAAAAGAAAAAAAAGACAGAAUUUCAAAUUUUAGGUUCUAUAGAGGAAAAAACAAAAAAAAGUCCGAAAGAGGAAAAAAAAAAGGAAAAUGCGGAAAGAAAACGUAUAGAAAUAGCAGAAGCCUGGGAUAGCAUUAUAUUUGCUCAAGUAAUAAGAGGUGUUUUAUUAAUAACCCAAUGCUUUAUUAGGAAAUAUAUUAUAUUACCUUCAUUGAUAAUAAUUAAAAAUACGCUCCGUAUACUAUUUUUUCAAAUUCCAGAAUGGUCUGAAGAUUAUAUGGAUUGGAAGAGAGAAAUGUAUAUUAAAUGCACGUAUAACGGCGUUCAAUUAUCCGAAAGAGAGUUUCCUAAAAAAUGGCUAACAGAUGGGAUUCAAAUAAAAAUAUUAUUUCCUUUUCGUCUAAAACCUUGGCAUAAAUCUAAAAUACGAUGUAAUGAAAAGAAAAAAAAUGAAAAGAAAAAAAAGAACUUUUGUUUUUUAACAGUUUGGGGGAUGGAAGUAGAAUUGCCUUUUUCUAGUUCCACGAAAAAUCGAUUUGAAUUUGUCGACCCCAUUAUAAAAGAACUAAAAAAAAAAAAGAAACAAUUUGAAUUUUUCACUUUUGGGGUUCUAAAAGUUUUUAGUGAAAAAUUCAAAUUGUUUCUAAAUAUCGUAAUAGAAAAAACAAAAGGGAUCAUCCAAAGUAUUCUUGAAAUUAUUCAAAAAAGUAUAGUAUUCCUCGCGAAAAAAAGACAAGAAUUUUUAAAUUUAAAAUAUUUAUUUAUUCAACGGAAACCCAAAAAACUCGAUGAAUUGAGCGAAAACAAAAAAGAUUCAACAAUUUGGAAUAAUAAUUCAAUGAUUUCUGAAGCAACCAUUUCAAUUCAAUCGAUAAAGUUGACAAAUUGUUCAUUGAAAAAAAAAUCUAUAAAGGAUCUGAAUACUAAAAAAAAAGUAGUUAUAAAAAAAAUAGAAAAAAUGAAAAAAGAAGAAAAGAAAAGAGGACUUGUAAUUCCAGAGACAAAUAUUCAUUCGAAGAAAAAAAUUUAUGAUAGUAAAAGGAUAGAAUUCGGAAAAAAAAAUUUGCAGAUAUUCCAAAGAAGAAAUAUUAGAUUAACUAAAAAAUCACAUUCUUUUUUUCAAUUUUUCAUUAAAAAAAUAUACAUAGAUAUCUUUCUAUAUAUCAUUUGUAUUCUGAAAAUCCAGCUACAACUUUUUCUUGAAUCAACAAAAAAAUUUUUAAAUAAAUGGCUUUACGAUAAUGAACCAACUAUAGAAAGAACUUAUAAAACAAAUCAAAGUAUAAUUCCCUUUAUUUUAAAAUUACACAAAUACGUUAAUAAUAGGAAUGCGAAUUCCCAUAAUUAUUUUGAUGUCUCCUUUUUGUCACAACCAUAUGUAUUUUUAAAUUUGUUACAAACCCGAAUUCUUAACAUAAACAUAUAUAAGUUAAGACUUGUUUUUCAAUAUCAUAAAAAUUUUUUUUUUCUUAAAAAUGAAAUAAAGGAUUCUUUUUUUGGAGCACAAGGAAUAGUUCAUUCUAAAAGAAAACAAAAUAACCUGCUCAAUUCUAAACUAAAUCAAUGGACAAAUUGGUUAAAGAAUCAUUAUUAUCAAUAUGACUUAUCUAACAGUAGCUGGUCCAAAUUAGUAUCACAAAAAUGGAGAAAUAGAAUCACUAAAUGUGGUAUAGCUCAAAAUAAAAAUUUAACCAAAUGGGAUUCAUAUGGAAAAAGCCCAUUAAUUCUUGACAAAGAACAACAAGGAGUCACAUUAAAAAAAAAAAUUAGAAAACAAUAUAAAUAUGAUCUUUUAUCCUAUAAUUUUAUGAAUUAUGCAAAUAAGAAAGACUCAUAUAUUUAUCGAUAUAGAUCCCUAUUUCAAUCAAAUAAAAACACAUUGAUUUCUUCUAAUUACAAUACAUAUAAAAAAGACUUAUUUGAUAGAAUAAGUAAUAUUUUGAUCAAGAAUUAUAUAGCAGAAGAUACUCUUAUUAUAAAUAUGGAAAAAAAUCCGGAUAGAAAAUAUUUGAAUUGGAUGGGAAUCAAUAGAAAAAUACUAAAUCGUUCCAUAUGCAAUCCGGAAUUUUGGUUCUUUUCCAAAUUUGUGAUAUUUUAUAAUACAUAUAGGGGUAACUCGCAAAUUAUACCAAUCAAAUUACUUUAUUUACAUUCUAUUUAUUUACAUUCUAAAGGAAAUCAAAAUGUUAGUGAAAAGAGUAUUACUAGAAAGAAAAAAAGAAUAGAUGGUUUUAGAACAUCGAAAAAAAAAACCAAGAACAAUAUGGAGGAAGAACUUCAAUUCUUAGUAAGAAAUUUUUUUAAUUUACAUUUAAACUGGAAAAAUAUCUUAGGUAAAAAAAUCUUUAACAAUGUAAAAGUAUAUUGUCUCCUGAUUAGAUUGAAAAAUUUAAGAAAACUUACUAUAGCCUCUAUUCAAAGAGGAGAACUAGGUCUAGAUAUUAUGAUGAUUCAAAAUCAGAAGAAUUUCACUCUUCCAGGCUUAAGGAAAAAGAAAAAUAAUAAAUUUAGGAAAAAAGAACUAUUUGUUAUCGAACCAGUUCGCCUGUCUAGAAAAAAUAAUAAAAAAUUUUUUAAGUAUAAAACGAUGGGUCUUUCAAUAAUUCAUAAGAAUAAACACAAAAUUGAUAAAAAAUACUCAGAAAAAAUUCAUGUUAAUAAUAAAUAUUUUGAUAAAUACAUUACAAGAACAAAAGAUCAAAAGAUAACAGAAAACAAAGAAAAAGAGAAUUUUAAUUUACUUGUUCCUGAAAACAUUUUAUCUGCUAGAUGUCGUAGAGAGUUGAGAAUUAGAAUUUGUUUAGAUCCAAAAAAUAUAAAUAGUAUGCAUAGAAACACAAUAUUUUAUAAUGAAAAGAAAGUCCAAAAUUGUUUUAAAGUUUUGACUAAAAAAAGAAAUGAGAAAGAGAAAAAAAAACUAAUGAAUUUAAAAAUUUUUCUUUGGCCAAAAUAUCGAUUAGAAGAUUUAGCUUGUAUAAAUCGUUAUUGGUUUAAUACCCAUAAUGGAAGCCGUUUCAGUAUAGUAAGGAUACAUAUGUAUCCGCGUGUGAAAAUUCGUUAA